AUGCAAGUGCGUCAGAAACACAAGAAAUGGCAUGAUGGAAUAUUAAAGUGUGACGAUCUUGAAAAAUGGAUUGAGUUAUAUUCUUUUGAUAUUGAUACUGGCACACAAGGUGUUUUAUUGUAUGGCAAGAAGAAUAUUGGUGUUAAUAGAUAUAAUAAAUUAAUAUUCGAAGGUGGUGAGAUUAAAAUAAUGAAUGGUACCGGAGAAGCCUAUUUAUUAAUGAUUUUGGAGGAGAAAAUACCAAAUAAUAUUAUUGCAAAUACCAAAAAUAACGUUAAUAUUAAUAGGGACAAGGUUAAUGGUAGUAUGAAAAACGGUAUACUUGAUAAUAAUGGUAACAUAUCGUGUAAUAAAAAAGGCUUUACUAUCUCCACAGUUGAUUUUAAUAAGAGAAAGAUUAAAGUUGAGAGAGCUUUGAAAGUUGCUGCACCUAUUAGCAUUGCUCAUACCGCAGCGUUUAAUACUAGUGCUCCAAAGGGGGAAAACAUACCUAAUAAUGCUAAAAAAAAAGAUGUUUUGAUCAAAAGGAUAGAAAAAACCAUUGGAAUUAAAAAAAAUUUGCCACAGACAGUAUCCUCAGCACAGAAAUCAAGACUUGUUUCUCGCUUGUCAUUUUCCUUAUCGAAUAAAAAAACCAAAAUUAACGGCAAAAUGAUUGAAACAGUUAAAAAGACGGACAUUGCUAGCAAUUGUCGAGAAAAUUCCACAAAACUAAUAAAAUAUAGAAUUCCUAAGAGGCAUUCCAUUAUGAAACAUAAUAUUUUUAGAAUGGAAUGA